AGAUCAGUCCUCGAGAUCAGUGAAAAGAAAAAGAAACCUCAUUGCGAAAAUGACAAUGGACCAGAGCUCUAGGAGAGUGCGGUCCUUCGGGGAGCCCGGGUGAUGACAGCAGAGCGGACCUCAUUAAACCAGCCUGGGACAAUUGCGGCCUUUUGUAUCGUCACUCGGGCACAUAGCAAAGGGGUCGCUUAGUUGUGUGGCAGAGAAUAUAAAAAGAAAAGGGGUCGCGGAGGAGAGAGGAGAGUGGAGAGCCAACAGCGAGCUGCCCGCCAUCGAACGACAUGUCCGCCGGUAUGCUGACCACGGAGUCGCUGGGUGCCAAGAGACUCCACAGCUCCCUUCUGUUACUGCUUCUCGCCAUUCUGCUCUGUAACUGCCAGCCCGUCCCCGACUGCUGCCGCCACAAGACCUGCUCCUGCCGAAUCUACGACCUCCUUCACGGCACAGGCAACCACGCCGUGGGCAUAUUGACUUUGGGCAAGAGGAAAACAUCUAGCCAGGCUUACCAGAGCCGGCUCUACCAGCUCCUCCACGGCUCUGGGAACCACGCUGCGGGCAUCCUCACCAUGGGGAGACGGGAGGAAGAAGAGAGCCGAGAUGACAUCGGGAUGGAGGACAGAGAUCCGUACAUCACAUUCCCGUGGUUCCCAGAAUUAUCUGUCCAGGACAGCUCGGUUAGCGCCGACCCUACGCCGUGUGACCACCUUAGCCCCCAACUCACCGGGCCACUCAACGCGGAACCCCCCGUGCAGGACCUUCUGCGGGGGUGCUUUGUGAAGAGGGGUGAGGCGUAG